AUGUCACCGUCUUUUUUGGAAAUUCCUGAUCUUCCUAUGGAAAUGAUAAUGAAUUACUUGGACUAUCUUGCAAUUCGAUCGGUUAGCAAAACUUGUUGGGACCUGCGGAACUUUAUUGAUAACAAUAAACCGGGAAUCGGCAUGAAACAAGUUAGCAUUAUUCAAACGUCCGAUACAGCAGUCGGACUGGGGAUCAGUCUACCUACCUUCAGGCUUCCAGAAGACGCAUAUAUCUACUUAAGUUAUGAAAAACAUGAAAAUGGAUGCAGAAUUACGGGUCCAACAAGUGAUGGAUACAAAAAUAAGAUUGUGGAAAACUUGAACUUUCUGGAUGCCGUUCUUCAUGAUUUCAAAAUUGCAAUAAACUCUCAAAAAUUAAUAUUUGAGAAGGUCAUUGUGACUGUAAACACGUUUUUUGAAAAGUUUGAAGAAAUGAUGAAGUUACAAAAACCAUUCGCGACUGAAUCUAUGGAAAUUCACGCGGAUUCUCUGGAACACGCCCGUCAAAUCAUGCAUCAUGCGGACCCAACAUAUCUCAAUUUCAUCGACAUCCAUCCGCCUGAGGUCAUCAACAUUAUUGAGACUGUGAAACUAGAAUCGUUGAAAAACAUUCAAAACUUCUUUCAUUUUGCUACUGCUUCCAUUCAUUUUGAGAAUCUAGACGUGGAGACUAUUCGAGCAAUAAAAGAGAAUUUUCUUCAAUUCCAUGAGUACGAUAAGUACUUGCGCGUGCUCAAUAAAUCCAAUGUCAAAGAAAACUUGUUCAUCGACGCUUUUGGAACAGCUUCCGAGCGGUCUGGAGAGACUGAACAAAAUUGGUUUUUUAAUGUACCCGACAAUAAUGAAAAAGUUCUUAAGGUGUUGAUCAAAUGGAGAUAUUUUGAGUUUCAGUUUGUAGAAAAAUGUGAGGUUCCAGAAGGUUCCGUGAUUCUUGAUUGA